AUGUUCGCUACCAUUUCAGUCACCUGCCUCGCUCUAAUUUCCGUGGAACGAGCGUUUACAUUUAUUUGCCCAUUUCGACAUCGAGUGAUAAGCACUCGAGCUUACAUCCACAGUAUCAUUUUUGCAUGGUUUUCAGGAAUAACUGUGAGUGCAUUCACUUUGCUCGCUGUAAAUGGAGUAGUGGAUUUUAUCCAUUGGUUAGUAGUCUAUUGCUGUAUUUUAGCUUCAUGUUUGCUGACUAUAUGUGUUACCAAGAGCCAUAAUAGGACAGAGAGGGACACCCACAGUCACGCCUUUGGGAUAUCUUAAUCCCAAAAAAGUUAUUUUUAGAACUAUGCGGACCAUGCGGCAACAGUUUCCGGUAAAUUGGUUGACUUCCGGAAGAUUCAGCGCGCCAAAUCGAGGCGGGGUCAAUAAAUGAAAAAAAUGGCUGCUAAAGUGGAGGGACAAUGCGGAGGGUGUGUACUUGAUAAAUUGUCCUUCUUCAACGAAGAACAUACCAUAGAAAAUAGUUAAAACUUCUACACAAACGGAUCCUUUACAAGAAACGGUAGAAAUACAGUUAAAGCGACCGCGUGGACCAUCGUUUUUGUUGGAACGGCUGGAAAGAGGACAAGUAGCAUUGCGUUUUACACAAAAUGCGCGGGUCCUACAAAGACGACCGUACAAGCGACCGUGUGGACGUAUUUUCUGUUGAAAGAGGAAGGAAAAAAACGUAUAAAGGUUUCCAGUAUUUUUCUCAAGGACAUGACCAGGAAUCAAGUGGAAAACACCUUUCCCUGCCUUGACUGAUAUUUGGUACCGUACUUCACAUUGGACAAUUAACAAUUAUUCUUGAACACGAGGUGAAUAGAAGCGGAAUAUUCGCGGCGAGGUUAAUAUUCCUAAAGCCACUAUUCAGCAAGAUUAAAAAUCAGUAAGGAGACCAUUUAAGUUCAAUGUGAUUGACGGUUUUGACGGAUCAAUUCAUGUGUGAAAAUCGGUAUGUGCAAAAGUUUGAUCUUUACAGAAUUUUCAAACAUUGCAAAUCAAAUGGCAGUUAAAAAUCCUUUCGCAAACAAUGGCCUAAUAAUGGGUUAUAUGGAAUAGCCAGAACUUUAAAUUCUGCUUCCCAGCCUGUGAAGAAAAGAAGAGCUUUGUUUUCAUCUGUCGACUCGCCAAGUUAGGGAAGCAGCAAAUUUGUGUUGUUCUUUAAUAAGUGCAGACAAUGGUGGCCCGGUUGCUCGAGGUAAGGCGCCGUUUCUCUGUAGUUUUCUUGACAUUGAAAUCUCGAAAUUUCGUAAAGAUUUGCUUUUAAUUUUUUUUUUCACAAGCUGAAUUUGAUUUCUGGGAAAAAUUCGCCUUUGAAGGAAAUGUUGAGUUUACACAGGGUCUACACAGAUACCACCUCUUCUAUUCAAUUUGUAAUUGUCAACAUUCCAUCGAGCGAAAAAUACUGCUCAGUAAAGUUAAUCGGAAAACGUUCUUGAAUACUUUGAAGUCUUCCUUACCUUCAAAAAAAAAGACCCUAGCGAAUUCUGAAAGGUUCUUACUCUAAAAAAGAUUGGCAAAACACCGAGCUAUCUCAUUUUUUACUCGAGAGGCUAAAACACCACAAAGAUCACUGAAUUCUGAAAACGAUUUUUGCUUGUAAAAGCUUUAUUUGUGUAAGGCAGAAGCAUAUAACCCCGAAGCGUAUAACUCUGUCGCAAUGCUUCUGUGUAAGGUUAUUUGUGUUUUUUCAUGUUGAAAUAAAUACUACAGUAUGAUAAUCUCAUGUGGCGUUUAUUUGCUUUAUGUGGUUUUACCAAGCCUAAUAUUUUCCUCAUACACCUGUAAUAAUGAACUUUUACAGAUCCUGCACCACAAUGUGUAGGUAAGAUUUCCAUACAACCCCAAGCAUUCAUUAUGUGUGUUAAAUAAUGUAAGCUUGCUGUAUGUAUAAUAAAUGUAGGGGUUUGAAUGCAAAUCGUACCACAGCAUAAUUCAAACUUCAGGCAUUCGUGGAUGCACAGGACCUUUUGAUGUUGUGUUUGCCACUUAGUGAUCCAGCAAGUUUUCUCUAUUUUAGUAAGCACUCAUGUUUUUAGGUGUCAGCUGCUGAAUGUAGUCUUUUCUUUUUUUCAUUAUAGAAAGCACUCAAAAGUAUUAAGAAUAAAAACUACUGCAAUAAGUUCAAGCUGUUUAUAGCUUCUUACUGAGUUGUGUCUUAUUUUUUUUUUACCCCCUCCCACACAGAAAAAAAUACAAACUUAUAAUAGUGUAUGGCAAAACCUGUAUAUUUAAGCGGACCCCAUAUUAAAAGUUACAUCCUAUGUUAAGCAGAUGAAUAGCUCAGUAUGUUUGAAAAGUUUCUAACCAUAUUUUCAGAAAAAACAAUGUUUUCAAAAAUAAAUCUAUCCAUACCCAUUUUAAGGGGUAUUUUCUUUGUGUUAAAAGGUUUCAACCAAUCAUUAGAGCUGCAAACAUUAUAGCCAACUGAAGAAAACUUUACAUUAAUUUUAUGUUCCAGACAUGCAUGGGAUAUCUGUUUUAUCCAGACUCAUAAGAUUUUGUUAUAAGGAUUCAUAUACAUGCUGCUUUGCAAAUUUUUCUUGAAUUUUGCUGCCUAUAAACCAAUCAGAAGUAUAAUACAGACAAUAGUAAAGUGAGCACCUUUUUGCAUUUCAACAUGUUGAAACAUUGACUUUAUUGAUAUUAAUGUUGCAUUUCUGAUGCUCUUAAAGCCGAGUCUGCAGGCAGAGCAAGUUUGUGUGAUCUUUUGCUUUUAAGGCAUCCACCAUGACAACCCAAUCUUUCCCCUUAAAUAAUCUAAUAAAUUCACAUGUUGCUGGCCUGCACAUUAUGAUUGAUCAGGCCUCAUGCAACCAUUAAGACACCACAGGAAAGUUAAGCUGAUCAGUAUUUGAGAAUAUGACCUUCAUUGAGGAAGGGUUUAAGUUAAAAAUGGCAGUAUCACAUUAAAAUAAAACCUUUGGUCACACCUUGACCUCUUAAUUAAGUCAACUGAGUUUCUUUCAUUGGUGAGACAAUCAAUUUAUGCACUUGCAUGCCAGGGUUGCAUUGAGAGAAACAUUCUGGAGCAAUAAAACAUAGUGUGUGACUGAAUCAAUUGCAUCUAUUCAUGCCAUGGCUUGAAAGAGGCAAUGUAGGGGAAAGCAUCUAGAAGGAGACAAAUUAAUAGUAAUGUAGUGUGUACAAUAACAUGUGUAGGUUGAGUUUGAUCAUCCGGGUGAACGUAGUCCUGAAUAGGACUGUUGUUGUUGACAGUGACUACGUUCACCCGGACGAUCAAACUCAACGUACUUUUGAAAUGACUCCUGGGUUCAAACCUUUCACAAUAAUGUGUGUGUCACUCAGUAAUGGUCACACUCUUCCCAGUAUUCCUCAAAUUUCAAAUCCCAAAUGCAUUGGCAGCCAUAUAGUUUAACAGAAGUAUAAAAAAUAAUAAAUAAAUAAAUAAGUGCUCCCUUGCCCCAAAAUAUAGAACUUGCACUGUUUGUCAAACUUGUACAUUAUUUUCCCCAGUACCAAUUCCGUGGCAAGGUCAUGCAGAGAUCUUAAAAGAGAAUUCAUGAUUGCUAGUAUUAUUGUUCCUUCAAUUCAACCUGUCAGAAAACAACAGAAAAGUUUGCAGACACUGAAAGACAUAUAGACUGCAAGCAGUCUCUCUUUUGCUUGAAAAUGUGUAAGCAAGAGUAUUUGAGCAGCGUAUUCGAAUUUGCGCCCUCGCAACUCACACAACUUCGCUGCUCAAAUACUCUCGCUUACAGAUUUUCAAGCUGAAGAGAGACUGCUCACAGUCUAAAAGACACACAACAUAAAAUGAUGUACCAGUUUUAUGAAACCUUUACAUAUUGUAUUUUAUAUUAUAUCUUCAGGGAGGGAGCCAGCCUGGCAUAAGGACUCAGUUCUUCUCUCUUUGCACCCUCACUCAUCCUUCUUUUUACCACCUAUUUUUAUGCAUACAAGGUUGUUAUAAAUAAAAAAAAACCCUGUAUAAUUUUUAGAAUUAGGGGGACAUCCACACAAACUUUGCUGCUUUCUGCUUAUUAGAGAUAUCCACUAAAUACUGGUUUGUUUUUCUUAAAUUGUGGAAAGAAACGUUUUGCCACAUUUUGAGCUAUUCGACUGCUGAAUACAGGGUGUCUGCUUAAUAUGGGGUCUGCAUACCAUACAAUGUAGAAGAUGAGUUAAUUAGGCUUUCACUGAGGAGGGGAGGUACAAGAAAUAAGACAUAAUUAUAAACAAGAAGCUAUACACAGCUUGAACUUAUUGCAGUAGUUUAUAUUCUUAUCACUUUUGAGUGCUUUCUAUAGAGAAAAAAAGAAAAGACUACAUUCAGCAGCCGACACCUAACACCACGAGUGCUUACUAAAGUAGACAAAACUUGCUGGAUCAAUAAGUGGCAAACACAACAUCAAAAGGUCCUGUGCAUCCAAACCCCUAUAUUUAUUUUGCAUGCAGCAAGCUUAUAUUAUUUAACACACAUAACAAAUGUUUGGGGUUGUAUGGAAAUCUUACCUAUACAUUGUGGUGCAGGAUCUGUAAAGGUUAAUUAUUACAGGUGUAUGAGGAAAAUAUGAGGCUUGGUAAAACAAACUCCAGAUGAGAUUAUCAUACUGUCGUAUUUAUUUCAACACCGUUUGCAACAUGAAAAACACAAAUAACCUUACACAAAUAAAGUUUUUACAAGCAAAAAUCGGUUUCAGGAUACACACUCAGUGAUAGUGUUUUAACCUCGCGAGUAAAUAAUUCGUGAGCUCGUUGUUUUGCUAAUUUUUUUAGAGUAAGAACCUUUCAGAAUUCGGCAAAAUCCUAGGGUCCACUCUUUUGAAGGUAUGAAAAUACUUCAAAGUUUCAAUAUUUUUUGCUCGAUGGAAUGUUGACAAUUACAGUUUAAUCGAGUAGAAGGGGUGGGUGAACUCAACAUUUCCGUUAAAGACAAAUUUUCCCCCGAAAUCAAAUUCAACUGACUUAUGAGAAAAAAAACUGAAAGCAAAUGUUAACGAAAGCUCGAGAUUUCAAUUAAACAGGGCAGAGAAAACUACAGAGAAACGGCUCCUUACCUCAAGCAACCGGGCCACCAUUGUCUGCACUUACAAAGAACAGCACAAAUUAGCUGCACAAAAAACCUUUUUCCUCUAACUUGGCGAGUCGACAGAUGAAAACAAAGCUCUACUUUUCUUCUUAGGCUUGAAAGUACAAUUUAAACUUCUGGCGAUUCCAUAUAACCCAUAUAGGCUAUUGUUUCCGAUUUGAUUUGCAAUGUUUGAAAAUUCUGUGAAGAUGAGACCUAUUGUUUACCGAUUUCCACGCAUGAUUUGAUCUGUCAAUCAAAUUGAGCUUUUUGGUUUCUUUACUGAUUUAGGAACAUUAACCUCCGCUUCUAUUAACCUCGUGUUCAAUAAAGAAUUGCUAAUUGUCCAAUGUGAAGUGCGGAACAAAAUAUCACUCAAGCAGGAAAAGGUGUGUUCCACAAGAUUCCCGGUCACGUCCGUGACAAAAAUACUGGAAACCUUUAUACGUUCUUUUCCUUCCUCUUUCAAUAGAAAAUACGUCCACAUGGUUGCUUGUACGGUCGUCUUUGUAGGACCCGUGCAUUUUGUCUUCAACGCUUAUCCGGGCCGCAAUGCUUCUUGUCCUCUUUCCAGCUGUUCAAACAAAAACGAUGGUCACGCGGUCGCUUUUACCGAUUUCUACCGUUGCUUGUAAAGAACCCAUUUGUGUAGAAGUUUUAAGCAGUUUUUAUGGUAGGUUCUUUGUUGAAGAAGGCCAAUUUAUCAACUUCACAUCAACCCUCCACUUGUGCCGCCAUUUUUUUUUAUUUGUUGACGCCGCCUCGCUUUGGCGCCCUGAAAUCGUGAAAGCGAGUCUUCCGGAAGUCAACCAGUUUACCGGAAACUGUUUUCGCAUGGUCCGCAUAGUUCUAAAAAUAACUUUUUUGGGAUUAAGAUAUCCCGGCCAACGCCCUGAGUGUCCCUCUCUGUCCUAUUAUGGCUCUUGGUGUUACUUAGUUGAUAGUCAGAAGAAAGGUUAAUACUUGUCGACUGGAUCCUGCAAUGGUGAAAAAUCACAGCAAAAACAGAGCUAAUGAUGAGAAACAUCGUAGCACUAAAUUUUCCAGGACUAUGUCUAUUAUGAUAGCUGUAUCUCUUGGCCAGUCAGUGGCUUCCAAGCACCGCAAUUUUUUCUGUUCACAGCUUUUAUGCCAUAGAUGUGUCCCAAUACCUCUUAUCUACGCUUCUACAGUAUUACGCCUGGCCAACUCUCUCGUCAAUCCUGUCAUACAGGUUUAG